AUGCCGCGCAGCUGUUCGCAAUUCGAAACAUUUUGUUGCUGCGUGAUCGUCGGGCUGCUUGUCUAUUAUUUUACGCGCCAGGAUGGUUAUCAGGAAGAAACAAGCAAUUUACCUCCAAAAUAUGCCCCAGAUUUUGCUGUUGGAAAUGUUGAUUUCCCUCAAGACCCAGAGAUUACACGCAAAUUCUACGAGACGUCCGUGGAAGCGCGGCGAAGGUUGCUGUCAAAUGUGCUUCAAAAUAAGACCUCCACAAAAGAGUGGGCGUUCGCUGGGUUGUAUAACGGACUCGUUCCAGAGAAUGCGCCGAAGAGCAAUUCGGUCCUGAAGGGGUUUGAGGAGAUCCGUGCCAAAUUCAGGCGCGGCUUCAUCGGUGAUGUGCAAGAUGAAGCGGCAGGGAAAUUGAGCUUAAUUGAGGAGAUGAGACUCAAUGGGGAUCAGGAGAUCGAGAUCCUAAAGAUUGAUAUUGAAGGCGGUGAAUUCGUGGUGCUACCUUCAAUUCUACAGCACACCAAAAUUUGUCAGAUCCUCGUCGAGGUGCACGGAGACCCGAAUCGAGUGCUGAAGCUGCUGAAAUUGCUCGGCCAAAAUGAGUACAGGUUAUUCUCUUACGAGAUUAACGGGAAACAUCAUACGCUCGCCGAAUAUUCCCUCGUACACAAGGAUUGUUUCGAAAAAUACGGUAUCACCCCGUAUGCCCAUUAUUUGGAUCGGCUGGACGGG